AUGCACAAGUUUGGCGAAUCGGAUGGAGAAUCAAGGCUGCGUGAUCAGCCUCCUCACCUCGAACAAAUCGACAUAAACGAACAACGAUUGGCCGAAAUGAACUCCGUUCCCGAUCACCCACAACAAACACAACCCUCAUUGUCCCCGUUGAAACAAGGUUUCGAAGGUAAGCGCCUCUCCAUUCCUCGACCACUCCGUUGUCGAAUCGUCCUUGAGCACACGGCGAUCAAGUUGUCUAAUUUAUCCUCGUCUUAG